CGCGCGCCGCCGACGACGACACAACACGUACGCGGCGCGCCGCCGUCGAUCCAAUCAAUUGUGAAACAACAGUGUACCCCCACUCUCCGACUCCACCGCCCCGCGUCGUACGGUCGGCUGCCGCGGUACGCGCACGACCCGCACGUACACACUGGCGCGCUGUACUACACAUUUCGUGCACCACGCAAGCAUAGCGAUACGCUGUAGCUGUCCGUGCGUUGUCCGACGACACCACCGUCGACAUCGUCCGUAGCGCGCGCGCGCCGAAUCCGUCUUACCCUCGACCACCGUUUGUGUGUGCGCGUUUUUUUUUUUCGAUUUUAAUUUUAUUUAAUUAUUUUUCAACCAUUUAUAUUUCAUUGUUAUCGUGAUACGCACUCAACUAUCUAUCGUUUAAAGCAUGUUUUCUUCUGGUCUUUCUCUCUCUCUCUCUGUGUGUGUUUUCGAUUUAGUUUUCGUUUAAUAUCAUAAUUAAUAUCGACGCCGUACCGUAAACACUAAACGUUUACUCGUGUCAAGUGUGCGUGUGUGUGUGCGCGCGCCCGCGAUAGAGUUGGCCGUUUUCACACAUUAUUUGUUUUCGAAAACUUUGUUGAAAACUACCCCGAACGCUUUUCACUGUAACUUUUAUUUUAUCGCGCACAGUCGUAUACGUGUGUGUAAACAUCGUUGCCUGGCCGUCGGUACACAAUCGUAUCCGAUCGUCGCGCGUUAUUAUGUCGUUGUCACGCGUCGGCGGCUGUCGCUCCUGCCGCUGCUACGACCGAACAACAGCGGACCGUCACCGUCUCUCCGUCGACGACGGCUGCCUAUACUGCUGCCCACUCGUCGUCCACGUCGUUGUUUCGGCCGAUCCACAACGGCCGUAGAUUUGUCGCGACGUCCACAACGGAUUUAAAGAGAUGAGAGAUUGCGGACAGGCAUACACUGAAAUCAACCCACUAAUGAACCCUCACGACACCAUGGACCUAGUCAAUUGUCAUUCAAACAUCACAGUCAAUGUUAAUAAUAAUAAUCAAACUGCAGUUAAAAAAUUGCCUAAAAAACGAAAAUUUGAUUUGUCUCAACUUGAGGAAUGUGAUCCUGUUUCCGAUCCAUUACCGCCUGUUCAAAAACAAUGCAAUACUAGUUGUGUAGCUAGUGUUGUUGUUGUCCCACCUCAGUCUAUUGCUGUUGAUUAUUCUAGACUUGAUGGAUUUAAUAGACCUAACUAUGCUGAUGUGCCAGUUAUUGUUAAAGAUCAUUUGGAGCAAAAUGAAGAGACUAAAUGUACAAAUGGACAUGAUGAAACAUCGAGGCUUGAUGUUGACUUACAGGAGUGGACUGAUCAUAGAGUAUUAGCUAAAAGGGAUGGAGUUUAUUUACCUGGACUAAUUAGAGAAGCAACAUCAAAUGGCGAUGUAUGGAUAGAAUUUGAUUAUGCUGAUGAAGGUCAGCGAUAUGUUUUAUUCAAAGAUGUUCUAAAUUCUAGUAAAUAUGAUGUUAUUAGUGAUGCUAGUCCAUCUCUUAGCCAAGUUAAUAUUAGUGCAAGGGUAUGUGUUCGAAUUACUGGUUCUCAACCAGAUGAUGUACAUCUGGCUCCUCGAGUAUUUAUUGAAGGAGUAGUACUCAAAAUAAUAACUAGCCCUGUGCGAUUUGUUGUAAAUAUUGUAUCUGGAAACAAUGAGGAAUAUGUUGUAAAAAGAGCAGAUCUUCGCUUACUUUUACCACCCUGGUGGGAUGAACUUGAACAUGGUAUACCUAAUGGUCAUAUUCCAUUAAUACGAGAACCUACGCCUCCUCCUAUGACUAAUGGGCCGGUUGAUUAUUACCAAACUGAAGUGACUUCUCCUUUACCACCUUUAACUAAUCGUCAUUUUGAUGAUUUCUGUGAAAGUGAUGAUGAUCUUCGAAGAGAAGAUAUAUUAUUCAUGUCAGAUGCUGAUGCUGGAAAAUUAUCAGGAAGUAGCAAGAGGAGCAGUAUGCAAAGCAGAGGUAGUACAUGUAGUAUGUUAGAUCAUGGUAGCACUACACCUAGAUCAACUCCAGCUACACCAAGAUCUCAGAUCACAUCUCCUCAUAAAUAUAAGAAAGGAGAUAUUGUUACUACACCAAGCGGAAUUAGAAAAAAGUUUAAUGGAAAACAGUGGCGGCGUUUAUGUUCUAAAGAAGGUUGUUCUAAAGAGUCUCAAAGAAGAGGUUACUGUUCUAGGCACUUAAGUUUGAAAGGAGGCGGUAGCAUAAGAUCAUGUGCUUCAAGUAGUACUAGUUUUACAAGAGGAAAUCAAAGUACUAUAGAUGGGGAUGAAACUUCACGAGAAUCUCAAACUUCACCCAGUGCUUCUGAACGACGAUUGACUGGUCGUUUUGACCCUGAUGAAACAGAAGCUGCCAACAUGCUUGGUACACAACUUUCAUUAGGAAGUUCAAGAUCUGGAACUCCAUUAUAUUCUUCUCCUUGUACUUUGGGUAAUAAUAAUACACAAUCACCACUUACUGUUGGAUCCCGUCAAAAUAUGUUCCUACCCAUUAUUUUGCCGACAAAUCAAAAUUAUCCUUCCUCAACACCUACUGGAAAUGGAACUACAACCCCACCAUCCACUACCAACACCCCUAAUAAUCAAUAUAGACAACAACAACUUGUCAAGCCAGAAUUAUUGAGACCAAAGACACAUCAUGGCUUACACGAGUCAAUGGCUACAUCCAGUCAGACUAGUGUAAUACGAAUUUCACCACAUACAAUACAACCCAAAACAAGUAUUGCUGUCAAUAAUUCUCAAGCACAAUUAUGUUGGAGAGGAAUUGUAUCGUCUCCUCAACAAGCAAAACAUACAAAUCAAUCUACAACUCAAUGGCAAGUUGAAAGACAUCCUAGUGUUGUAGUGUCAUCACAACAACACGGUCAUAUUUUAGAAAAAGCAUUGACCACAGUUGAAAUGAAUGGUAGUGAUGCAUACAGUAGAAUUUCUGAAAAUAAUGAAGCUUUCAGCAGAGAUAAUAACCAUAUUGUUUUCCAAGAAUCUGUGAUAAAAAAAGAACCAUCUGUAUCUAGUAUACCAUUUUCACAACAUUUAGUGUAUAACACUGGAUAUCAUCAACGAGUACAAAACCUUCCAAACUUGAUCACAACACCAUCAGUAGUUACUAAACAUUAUACUACUCUUCAAAAUGAGUAUCAGGAUUAUCAGAAUAAGAAUUCAGUACAUCAACAAGUCAUAGUUCAUCCUACUGAACUAUUACCUGUGUUACCUGUUAUGGAUGAAAGAAAAGAAGAACCACCUGAACACAAUCCAUCGCUCAUUAAUAAUGAAAAUGGAAACUUAACAGUUUAUUCUUGGGACACAUUAUUACCAAUACUUAAUUCAGAAGAAGUAGUACAACCAAACAUUGCUCCAGUGCCAAAGUCUCUCACUCCUCCCUUAUCAGCACCGCCUAUCUUAACUCCACCACCUGCGGGAUCUCCAGAUGUUGAUGAUGAUGAUGUAUUUGAGCAAGAACCAUGUGAUACCGAUGAUCAAAAUGCUAUUACUGCAGCUGGCAAACGUAGAACUCAAUCUCUUAGUGCUUUGCAAAACACUAAAGAACCACAAAGUCCUCUAACAAAAGCUAAAGAUCGUAUACGACGACCAAUGAAUGCAUUUAUGAUAUUUAGUAAGAGACAUAGAGCUUUAGUUCAUCAACGACACCCUAAUCAAGACAAUAGAACUGUGUCAAAGAUUCUUGGAGAAUGGUGGUAUGCAUUAGAACCUGAUCAAAAACAAAAAUAUCAUGAAUUAGCUACUGAAGUUAAAGAAGCCCACUUCAAAGCUCAUCCAGAAUGGAAAUGGUGUAGUAAAGAUAGGAGAAAGUCAAGUGGCAGUGGUCGUUCUAAGUUAGGAUCUACUGAUGAACAUACCCCAUUAGAUCUUGAUCCUAUGGUAGAAGUAACUUUAGAAAUGUCCGAUGAACAAAAAGUUCAAGAAAAAAAAGAUACCGAUGUGGAAAUGAAAAAUGAUUCUGAAGAUGAACAAAUGGUGGUUGCUGAAAGUUCUGAAAUCGAUCUGAAAUGUAAAGAAAAAGUAACUGACUCUGAUACUGAAUCACAAAGUGAUGCCGAGCCAUUACAUGAAAAUAAAACAUUUCCACAACAACGGUUUAGUCCUGUAAAAUCAACUAGUUCUAGUGAAGUAACUUGUCGACCAAAGCCCAUUAAAGCUAGAUUAGUAUCUACUAGCUCAACGGAUUCUAAGUAUCAACCAAAGGCAGUUAAUUCUAGAGAACCAACAACACCAAUCUUAUAUUCAUACCAUUCUCCUAUUAAUCCUGCUGGGGUUUCUCCAUUCCAACCCACUGGCGGAGCAUUUAAAUUAAUGCCAUCUUCACCAAAAAUUAAAAAUCCUGAACAAUUUUCUCAACAAACGUCCGAAUCAACUUGGACAUCAUCUGGAUCUGAAACUUGGAAUAAAACUAAAUUAAUCAACACUAACGCUUGGGCAGCAUCAACUGCUGAAUGGAAUAAUAACAAACCAACAACUACAACUGUUAAUUCAAAAAUUGUUGUUACGCCUUUAUCUCAACAAAAUAUAUUUCAUUAUACUCCUUCAUCAAACAAGGAUACUGAACAAAAGCCUGCGUGUUCUGUUAGACAAGUGAUAGGUGCACGUCCUGUGUUAAUACAGACAGCAGCUAAGCAAUCUGGAUAUCAACAGUCAUUAACUUUAGCAUUUUUAAAUUCGGGAGACUCAGCUACUUCUCUAGUCACCAAUUUAUUAGUGGCUAAAGGCAAUGAAAAUGGAAAUCCAUCAACAAGGAACAAUGAAACUACUACUGUUCAAUAUUUGAUACCAAGUCGAUUUUCAAACAUUUAUGUACCACAACAAACAUGUACAAAUUCAUCACCAAAUCAAUCACAGGCUGUUAAGUCUACCCAAGCAUCUACUGUAAUUGUGAGCACUCAUAAUAGCCCAUUGGUUAUUAAUAACAAUGAUACUGGAACUACUGCAAACGAUCAGAAUAUUCCAGAAAAAUGUGAUCCAGAUAUUGUAAUAAGAGCUGAUAAUGAUGAGAAUUUAAUGUCUUUUGAAAAGUCUCAGUACGCGGAUGCUAAAGAAAAUAGUUCUCCCAUAAUAUUUGAUUUUAAAGAUGAUAAUACCAAGGAUGAAACAGCAAAAAAUGAUAUUGACGAAAAGCCAUUUGUUCUUGCUCCUACACCAGCACAAUUAGGUAAAGCUCCUUUGCAAAGAAGACAGUCCAUGGUAUCUUCAAGUCAAGAUUCUUUACCAAACUCAUUACCUGAUAAAGAUCCCGACAUAAGUGAAGAUGUAGCUGAUGAAGUUCCUAUAUCACCUUCAGCUAAGCGUAGUUUUUUCAAAAAGAAUAUUGAAGAUGGCAUGGAUCGUGUAUUGGAACAAGUUAACUUUGAAAUGAAGUUUUCAUCAUUACCACAAUUCAAACCUGAUGAAUGUAAUUCACCAAGUGCAAUAUCAGUACCAUCCAGUCCCCAUGUAUUCAAUGCUCAAACAUUCCGCAAAAAACAAUUACCUGAUUGUGAUGCUCAGGUGGAAACGCCCAAAUCAUCAGGAAAACUUGUUGGAAAUACAUUUUUUGGCCCUGAUUUUAAUCCGGAAGCAUAUAGAGGAAUGUUGGAACAAGAAGAUACUGUGACAGCUUCACCUAGGACACCAAAAACACCUAGUGGACGAAAUGAUAGUUCAGCAGCAGAAAAAGGACAUAGAAAAAUGUUAGAACAAAGAAGACAGUUAGUUAUGACUCUAUUUCAAGAGCAAGGCAUGUUUCCCUCCACUCAAGCAACCUCGAUAUUUCAAGCUAAUCACUCUGAUAUUUUCCCUAAUAAAUCAUCAUUACAACUCAAGAUACGAGAAGUGCGUCAAAAGCUCAUGGCUCAUAAUACUCUUACUCCAAGUAGUGCAAGUGCUUUAAAUAGUCCUAAUGAAUCUUCUACAGCCAAUACUCCAAGUAAGAAUUUACGUUUCCAGAAGGAGCUCUUGUACUAGACUGAAUUUCAACAAAAAUAUCUAGAACAGUAACUACUAAUGAGGUUCAACCACGCUUCCACCUACCCAGCAAGCUCCUAGUGUUAUGACAUCCAUUUAACAUCAUUAUGUCAUUAGUUCAUUACCACUGACUUCAGAUCACUUCAUACUUUAAGAAAUAUAAUUUUACCAUAAAUAAUAUUAAUAUCUCAUGUUUAAUGUUAUGUGUGUAAACAAAUGUCAUAAAUUAUUAUUUUUUUAACUAAAUGAAUGUACUAAAUGUAAUAUUGUGCAUUAUUACA